GUUCCCAUGAGCAGCAUUGUUACCCAAGCUCGGCAGUAUUUACUGGAGCACAGCUUUGAAGUAGCCACUUCCGUCAUAACCGUUGCAGGAUUUGGACUGUACCUAACAUGGUGGAAGAAUGCCGAAGAUCGAGACCUAGACCAAGAUCUGGAUGUAGAUCCCACCGUGGAAUCCAAAGCAUCGCAGCCCGUGGCUACCGAGAAACCUAAACCCGCCAAAGUAGUGCGUCCACCACCACCACCCCCGAAAGACGAUCUGAUAACGGCGGAAUAUUUGGCUCAAUGCGAUGGCCAUAAUCCCGAAUUCCCGAUAUACGUUGCUAUCCGAGGAGAGGUUUUUGACGUUAGUAACAACAGGGACGCAUAUGGCCCCGGCAAAGGGUAUAAUGUAUUUUGUGGAAAAGACUCCUCCAAGGCACUGGGAAAAAGCUCUUUGAAACCCGAGGAUUGUGUACCAGAUAUUUCUGAGCUGACUGAGACAGAGCUCCAGACGCUCGAUCAAUGGUAUGCCUUCUUCAGCAAAAGAUAUCCAAUUGUUGGCAAACUUUCUGCUGAGAAAAAGUAACGUGGGGUCAUCAGACAUCGAAUAAUUCGUCAAAUACAAUGUAGAAUGGUGGAAGGAGUAAUCAGUGGUAUAUUACUUGAUCCCAUGGUGUAAAUCAAACUUAUGGCAAAAACCAUCGGCCACGCACAGAAUAAACUGCGGGUCAAUCUAGACCUUGAUAAAAUUAUGGCAGAGUGCUAAGGUAUAUCACUCGUAAGAAAGACAACACUCAA